AGCUAUUCAUCACGCGCCCUGGGCCACAUGAUUUCUCACGUGAGCGCAUGAUCGACUGCUUGAUUUCUCACGUGAUCUCAUGAUCGACUGAGCUUUUAAUAAAGGAAAAAUCAAAACAGCAAGAGACAAAAGCAACAGAAACGGCAAGACUGUGUUGGUGUCAGUUUACAUACAAAGCAUGUGGCGUCUAGUUGCCUUGCUCUGCCUCCUCUCGGUGUUCGCCAGAGCACAUACACUGCCUCACCUCCCACCUCUGUCACAUGAGCUUGUCAACUACAUCAACAAGGCCAAUACCACCUGGAAGGCCAGACACAAUUUCCCUAAUGCUGACCUGAGCUAUGUUAAGAAGCUCUGUGGAACCUUCCUCAAUGGCCCCAAGCUUCCUGUAAUGGUGGAGUACGCUGGCGAUGUCAAACUACCCGAUAGCUUUGACCCCAGGGAGCAGUGGCCCAACUGCCCAACAAUCCAGGAGAUCCGAGACCAGGGCUCUUGUGGCUCUUGCUGGGCUUUUGGUGCUGCUGAGGCAAUCUCUGACCGCUUCUGUGUUCAGUCUAAUGGAAAGGUCAGCAUUGAGAUCUCUACAGAGGAUCUGCUCUCCUGCUGUGACACGUGUGGAAUGGGGUGUAAUGGGGGGUAUCCCUCUGCAGCCUGGAGCUUCUGGACUGAGGAAGGACUGGUGUCUGGUGGGUUAUACGACUCUCAUUUGGGUUGUCGCCCAUACUCAAUCCCUCCCUGUGAGCACCAUGUAAAUGGCUCCCGGCCCCCUUGCACUGGUGAAGAAGGAGACACCCCCAAGUGUGUGCAGCAGUGUGAGGAAGGAUACAGCCCCUCCUACAAGCAAGACAAGCAUUACGGGGUGAAGUCCUAUGGCGUGCCCCCUUUGGAGAAGCAGAUCAUGACAGAGCUCUAUAAGAAUGGACCAGUAGAGGGUGCUUUUACAGUCUAUGAGGAUUUCCUCAUGUACAAGACAGGAGUGUACCAGCAUGUGAGUGGUGAGGCUGUUGGUGGUCACGCUAUCAAGAUCCUGGGCUGGGGGGUGGAGGGAGGCACCCCGUACUGGCUAGCAGCCAAUUCCUGGAACACUGACUGGGGUGAAAACGGGUUCUUUAAGAUUCUACGUGGAGAGGAUCACUGUGGCAUCGAAUCGGACAUUGUUGCUGGCAUGCCUAAGAUCUCAUCCUCUUCCAACAGGUUUUAAACAGGAAGUCAACAGAACAUCACCCUCUGUGUGGGGGAGUAGAUUGUUCCCAAUCCUGCUGUGAGCGUGGUCUUUAAUAUAUGGCUCAGAUGCUUGUUUAGCUGAAAACUGCUUCAAAUAUUAAUGAGAAAGUAUAUAAUUCACAUUUAAGGUUUUUAAUAUAUUUUUUUUUAAUCACUAUUCUAUUCAUUUAAAAAAAAAUCACAAGUAUGAUUUACAACUGUAAUGUAAAUUGACAGAUGCUAAAAAUUGAUAGGUUGCAGUGACUUCAUGGAAGAUUAAAAUCUUAAAUGUAACACUAUUGUGUAAGUUGAGCUGUGAACAGGAUCAGUAGUAGAUCGAUCAAUCAACCAGAGAAAUGCAUGAGGUGGUCUAGAGCAGAUUUUUUUUUUUUUAAGUGCUUCCACAUUAUGAUCAGUUAUUGUAAAUGUUAUGUAUUGACCCAGUCGAUCAACUUGAGUGUGAAAAUAUCAGAAUCGGUGAGGGCACCUGACAUGGAGAUGCUACUGAUGCUAGUUUUACUGUAGUAAACUAAAUUAAAUUUGAAAAAAAAAAGUUUUAAUGUAAAAGGAUGUUCUUCUCUGGAUUUUAGCCAGACUGGAUUAUGUUUUAAAUUCAGUUUGUUUCUUUUAAUAAAGAUUUUCUGUUAA